AUUACAUAGUGUUCCUCUCUGCUACUCUUCGCUCUUUCUCUACACGUCCCACCUUGUCUCUUGACCAUCAUCAUCAUGUCUGCCAUUCCGCUGAAUCCCUCGUCCGACUCGUCUCGGACUCGGGUAUCCGCAAAUCAAUUCAAGAUACAGUCCCAGUUCGAAGACGCUAUUCGCGAGACUCUGCUCCAAGUUCAAGGCUUCCACGAGCUUAUUAUUACCGAUCUACCCCUUGGCUGGGAGAAAUUUCUCUGGGAGUUCGAGGAAAAUCUCCCUCACAUUCGAAAAUCCUACAACCCAAAGAUCCGUACAUUGCGACUCAAAAUCAUGCCAAGUGAGAUCCACGAUUGCGUCUAUGAAUGGUUAAGCCUCUCUAUGGUCGAAGCCGGUAUAUCACAGUUCAUAAUCCCUCCCGAGCAUUUGCAAAUUCGUCUUAAGUAUGGUACAGACGUUAACUUUAUAAGUGGUCUAUACUGCGGACUUCGAAAGCAGCCAGAUACGCUCUUCCGUACCCCCUCCCAGCCUCUUCCUAGAGUUGCUAUAGACGUAGGAUGGAGCGAGUCUUAUAAUGACCUACUCGAUGAUAUGAACAGGCUACUUAUCGGUGGGAAUAGGGAUAUUAAGAUCGUCAUUAUUAUUAAAUGGACGAAGCACACGAAUCAGACUGUGAGCGGUAUCCUAGAGCUUUAUAGACUCGAUUCACAAGGUAUGCCGAGACGCCGUCAGAGUGAAACCAUUUUCCCUAUGCCCACCGGCGAUCCUCUUCAGCCGCUGAACAUUCAACGACGUGACCUCUACUCUGUCCCGGCCGGUCGGAAUCCCAAUGAAGCCUUUCCCUUUAAUAUUCGCCUACUACGCUUAUAUUAA